CAAGUUUCAACUCCAGUACGCUUAUUGGUCAGCCAGAUCCAUCCAUUCUCACAUGCACAGCCUGACUGUUUAAAAACUCCAUCUACUCUUCAUCCUCGCUCGGCCCGUCCCCCUCUUUCUCCCUGUUGACCAGAACCUACCAUCCCUCUGGAAGAAGAGACUACCAAGCCAAACCAGUCAUAACAAAAGAAAAAGAAGAAAGGAACAUCAAGAACACAAGAGCCAUGGGAUCACAAGCAAACUCAUUCUCGACCGUGUUCGAUACCAUCCCAAGUGGUAAACAGCUAAAAUCGCUGACCAGAGAAGAGGUCGCCAAGCAUGACAAGGAGGGCGACUUGUGGUGCAUCAUCGACACCGCCGUUUACGAUCUCUCCAAGUUUGUCGACUUGCAUCCCGGUGGUGCUUCCGUCCUGGUCGAUAAGAACGUCGCCGGUAAGGAUGCCACUAAAGCAUUCUUUGGCUUGCAUCGUUCCGACGUCUUGAAAAAAUAUGGCCGCUACGUGAUCGGACGGAUCGAGGGUGAAAAGUCCGCAGUGAUACUUCCCAAGGAUGGAGAACUCUCGCUCGUCCCACAUGCCGAACCGUCGUGGCUCUCGAAAGGAUAUUCGUCCCCGUACUACACCGAUGGCCACCGCGAGUUCCAGAAGGCAAUGCGUCUGAUCUUCGACAAACAUAUCACCCCCGAAGCUAGAGAGCACGAGCUGAAUGGAAAACGAGUCAGCCAAGAAUUAGUCGACCUCAUGGCCAAAGAGCAUAUCAAUGCUAUGCGACUUGGACCUGGGAAGCAUCUCCAUGGUCUUACUCUACCAGCUGGUGUGAAAGGCGAAGAUUAUGACUACUUUCAUGAGCUGAUUAUCACGCAAGAAUUAGGCAGAUGUGGUGCUCGAGGAUUCUCAGAUGGGUUGUUAGGUGGGAUGGUGAUCGGCUUACCACCGGUAUUAAAUUUUGGCUCGCCAGAGCUAAAGAAAAAGAUCAUUCCGGAGGUCUUAUCGGGGAAGAAGUACAUUGCCUUGGCGAUCAGCGAAGCUUUUGCGGGCUCAGAUGUGGCUGGUCUGCGUUGUACGGCAACCAAGUCGGCGGAUGGUCAACAUUACAUCGUCAACGGGACCAAGAAAUGGAUCACAAAUGGCACCUUUGCCGAUUACUUCUCCACCGGUGUUCGAACCGACAAAGGCCUCAGCGUCUUGUUGAUUGAGAGGGGCGAGGGAGUCGAGACUAAGCCAAUCAAAACCAGUUACUCUCCCGCUGCUGGAACUGCUUACAUCACCUUCGACAACGUCAAGGUUCCAGUGGCUAACCUUCUGGGCAAGGAGAACAAGGGACUUCAAGUCAUCUUAUCUAACUUCAACCACGAGCGCUGGAUCAUGUGCUGUGGUGUGAUCCGUGCCUCCCGAUUUAUCACCGAAGAGUGCUUCAAAUGGACUCAUCAACGUGUUGUCUUUGGCAAACCGCUAAUCGCUCAACCUGUCAUCAGAAAUAAAAUCGCACAGAUGUUUGCGAAAUGCGAGGCCACGCAAUCGUGGCUAGAGAAUGUGACGUUCCAAAUGAACCGAAUGUCGUAUGCUCAACAGGCCGACUUAUUGGCGGGACAGAUCGGACUUUUGAAAGCGUAUUCGACGCGUGUUGCCCAUGAGGUUGCUGACGAAGCAGUCCAGAUCUUUGGUGGUCGUGGAAUUACUCGCUACUGGAAUGGGUCGCUUUGUGGAGAUGUUUCAACGCAGUUAUAAGUUCGAUGCCGUCCUUGGAGGAUCUGAAGAGGUCUUGUUUGAUCUUGGUGUUCGUCAAGCCAUGCGCAAGAUGCCCUCGGCGGUACUUUAGAACAUCCAGCACACCCGUUUCUCGUUCAUUGGCUAUCUGCUCACGUCAAGAAAUCACACCUCUCCUGUUCAUGCGUGGAUGAUGAUGAUGAUAAGGAUUGGAAUUAUCUUCCAUUGUUUUAUAUAUGUAGGUGUGUGGAUCAAAGAAGAAGAAAAAAGGCACAGCAUCAUUUCAUCUUUGUAGAUACAUCCAUUAAAUAAUGUACAUUGGUGUGGAUUUGUCGUUCAUGGAUACAUAUAACUGUUCAUAGUCUAUUAUUAGCAAGCACAAAUCAUCAUCUAUUUCAAUCUCUCUCUCCCAUUCUCGUAUAGUAUCAUCAUUAGUUUUACAUCAAAAUCGUGCUUUUCUUUUUUUUGUAUUACUACUAUCAUCUUUCUUCAUAUACUCAUCUCAUCAUCCUGCACACACUGUUUUGUGGAUCAGUGUCUAGCAUUUGUAUCGUUUCCUUCACUUGUUUCUUCAUAUUUAUGCAGUCACUUAGCGGGGGAUGCUUAUCAUACUGGUUGACUUAUACUUCUUCACUUCAUUGAUGAUUUGUUAUACUGAUCCUCUUACGUAAUUCAAUGGAUGUCUGAAAAGCUGUGGCAUUGAGACUUGGGUGUGUGGAAGCUCAUCUCGUCGUCUUUGUGGGUCUUGGUUGUGGUCCUCUCCUGUUUGUUCCACGUGGGGCGGAGCUUGGACUGUGGAGAUCAUCAGCAGAACUCUUGCUUGCUAGUCAUCUUAAUCCAAAUAUGUCUUCUCGUAGGCUGGCAUGAUCAACCUGACCUUCGAUUCUUUCAUCCUUCUCAUGUCGGUGAAGGUAUGAUCAAUUCGUGGAAACAAC